ACAACUUCAAUUCAAUUAUUCUUUAAUCUUCAACAAAAUGCCGAUCAAAAAAUCUUUUUUUCUUCUAAUUUUAAUCAUCUUCUUCAAUAAAAUCAAUGCAAAUCCGAUAAAAACCAUCGUAGUCCUCGUAAUGGAGAAUCGUUCGUUCGAUCACAUGAUUGGUUGGAUGAAGAAAUUGAAUCCAGAAAUCAAUGGCGUUGAUGGAACUGAAUCGAAUCAUUUAAACGCGACGGAUCCGAGUUCUGGUAAAUUCUUUUUUCAGAAUCAAGCUGAUUAUGUUGAUCCUGAUCCUGGCCAUUCGUUUCAAGCUAUUCGAGAGCAGAUUUUCGGGUGUAAUGAUAGCUCGAAGGCGCCGUUAAUGAAUGGAUUUGCUCAGCAAGCUUUUUCUAUGGAUCCUUCGUUGAAUAUGUCGAGAGAUGUUAUGAAUGGAUUUGUUCCUGAUAUGGUUGCUGUUUAUCAGAGUCUUGUUCAAGAAUUUGCUGUUUUUGACAGGUGGUUUGCUUCAGUACCAUCAUCAACACAACCAAACAGGCUCUAUGUCCAUUCAGCAACAUCAGCAGGAGCAACCAGCAACAUCCCAGCAUUGCUCAUCAAGGGUUACCCUCAAAGAACAAUUUUUGAGAAUCUUGAUGAUAACAAAAUUCCAUGGGGAAUUUACUUCCAGAACAUUCCUGCCACUUUAUUUUAUAGAAACUUGAGGAAGCUUAAAUACAUUGGGAAUUUUCAUUCUUAUGAUUUGAGCUUUAAAAGACAUGCAAAAGAAGGGAAAUUGGCUGGUUAUUCUGUGGUGGAGCAGAGGUAUAUGGAUACUAAAUUGCAGCCUGCUAAUGAUGAUCAUCCUUCUCAUGAUGUUUAUCAAGGCCAAAUGUUCGUCAAAGAGGUGUAUGAGACAUUAAGGGGAAGUCCACAAUGGAAUGAAACAAUGUUAGUGAUAACAUAUGAUGAACAUGGGGGAUUCUAUGAUCAUGUGGCUACACCAGUGACAGGUGUCCCCAGUCCAGAUGGCAUUGUGGGCCCAGAGCCAUUCCUCUUCAAGUUUGAUCGUUUAGGGGUUAGGGUUCCCACCAUUGUUGUCUCUCCUUGGAUUGAAAAAGGCACUGUUGUUCAUGGACCGAAUGGCUCACCGUUCCCGACAUCAGAAUAUGAACAUUCAUCAAUUCCGGCGACGGUAAAGAAGAUCUUCAACUUGUCAUCUCCUUUCUUAACUAAGAGAGAUGCAUGGGCAGGCACCUUUGAAGGCAUUGUCCAGACUCGUAAAGAGCCUAGAACUGACUGCCCAGUGCAACUACCAACUCCGGUCAAGAUCAGAAAAGGCGACGCGAAGGAGGACGCAAAACCGAGCGAAUUCCAGCAAGAGCUACUACAGCUAGCCGCAGUGCUAAAAGGAGAUCAUAUAUUGACAAGUUACCCAGAAACUAUAGGUACAAAAAUGACAGUAAAGCAAGGGAAAGAAUACAUGGAGGAUGCAGUUAACCGAUUCUUCGAGGCCGGCCGUUACGCCAAGAAAAUGGGAGUUGAUGAAGAACAAAUUGUUCAAAUGAAACCAUCUCUCACUACUAGAUCAUCUAAACCAACCAGCAAUCACCCAUAAAUGAUAAAACAAUGCUAUAGAGCAGUUGAAUAUGUAACUAUAGCAGCGUAAAGUAAUAGAAGAAAUAUUGCUUUA